AUGCAACGCUCGUCAACCAAUCCUACCAACCACGGUCUUCAACCCAUAAGGCCCUUUUCAGGGCCAACCAUGACGAUGAUAUCCAUAAAUAUCGAAGGUCUUACACCAGAGAAAGAAAAUAUUUUAGCGGAGUUAUGUAAAACAUCGGGAUGUGAGGUGCUGUGCUUACAAGAGACGCAACGAGAUACAAACCACAGAAGACCAAAAAUAAGCGGGAUGAGACUAGUGGUAGAAAGGCCACACAGUAAAUACGGAAGUGCUAUAUUUACUAAACCUGAUUUGGAUAUAAUAUCGACAGGGAUCACAGACAAAAACAAUAUAGAAAUUAUGACAAUAGACAUAAAACAAUGCACCAUAACAUCAAUAUAUAAGCCCCCUAAUGUAUCAUUUGAAUUUGAAGAACCUGAGAACUACAGGGAAAGAAAUAUAAAAAUUGUAAUAGGAGAUUUUAAUAGCCAUAAUGUGAUGUGGGGAUACACAGAGAACAAUGAAGAUGGGGAAAAGGUCGAAGAUUGGGCAGAAAGGGACAAUAUGAGUUUAAUACAUGAUGCUAAACUCCCACCAUCAUUUAACAGCGGUAGAUGGCGGAAAGGAUAUAACCCCGACAACAUCUUCGUGAGCCAUAAUAUAAGAAAUAUGAGCAUUAAAUCAAUAAUGAAAUUUAUCCCAAGAACUCAACAUCGACCGAUCCAAUGCCAGAUAAAUGCAGCCAUAACACCGCGAAUGGUACCUUUUAGGAGACGAUUCAACUUUAAAAAGGCUAAAUGGGCAGAAGUCACGAAAUAUAUGGAUAAUGAAAUACAAACUCUACAACCAACACCUGCUAAUUACUGCAAAUUUGUUGAUAGAUUAAAGAAGGUCUCAAGAAAAUAUAUACCAAGGGGUUGCCACAUCAAUUACAUCAAGGGACUACGACAAGACACCAUAAAGGACUUAGAAACCUACUACGAAAGGUAUGAAGAAGAUCCCUUUUCGGAACUAACAAUUGAAACUGGAGAACGUAUUUUGAAGGAUAUAGCCGAAGAACGUAAAAAAGAAUGGAUGACAUUAAUUAAGGAUCUAGAUAUGGUCAAAAACAGCAACAAAGCCUGGAAACUAAUAAAAAGCAUGAACAAUGAAAAACAACAACCGAAAGAGCAUAUAAACAUAACACCAGACCAAAUUGCACACAAAUUAUUAAUGAAUGGGAAAACGAAGACAAAAGGGAAGAAAACUAAGCUUAAAUUUAAAAUGGAUAUAAAGAAUAAUACAAGUGACUUCAAUAAACCAUUCGAGAUGGAUGAGCUAAAUAUGGCCAUCGGAGUAAUGAAAAAUAGGAAAGCAGCGGGCAUCGACGGAAUCAUGACAGAACAGAUCAAGCAACAAGGCCCCAAAGCCAAGGAAUGGCUACUAAACAUGUUCAAUAACUGUAUCAAAACCGAUAGUAUCCCAACAGAAUGGCUCAAAUCACAUGUUGUGGCAUUAUUGAAGCCUGGAAAAGCCCCUACAGAUGCAAGUAACUUUAGACCCGUGUCACUAUUAUGUCAUACAUAUAAAAUGUUUGAGAGAAUGGUACUGAAUAGAAUAAAAGACAAGAUAGACGGGAAACUAAUCAAGCAACAAGCUGGCUUUAGGGCUGGUAAGUCAUGCACGGGGCAAAUACUUAACCUUGUUGAAGAAAUAGAGAAAGGCUAUGAGAAUAAUGUAAUAACAGGUGCAGCUUUUAUCGACCUCAGCGCUGCAUAUGAUACGGUUAAUCAUAGAUUACUGCUUAAGAAAAUAUAUGAGCUAACUGAAGAUGCGAAAUUCACAAAAAUUAUUAGUCUUUUAUUAAGGAAUAGACGGUUUUUUGUAUCAUUGCAGGCCAAAAAGAGCAGAUGGAGAAGACAAAAUAAUGGAUUACCCCAAGGAAGUGUUCUAUCACCAAUUUUAUUUAAUAUUUAUACUAAUGAUCAACCAAUUGGGACCCAAACGAAGCACUUUAUAUACGCUGAUGACCUCGCUAUUACAACCCAGGGCAAAACAUUCGAAGAGGUGGAAGUGAAUCUGAAUGACACACUUAAUACUAUGAAGGAAUAUUAUAAUGAUAAUUACCUCAAACCGAAUCCAGCAAAAACACAAAUUACCGCUUUCCACUUACGAAACAGAGACGCCAAGCGGAAACUGAGAAUUAAUUGGCAAGACACAGAAUUAGAGCAUUGCGAAGAACCAACCUACUUAGGCAUUAAACUUGACCGAGCCCUGAUAUAUAGAAGUCAUUGUGAAAACACAAAAAAUAAAAUAGGAACAAGAAACUGCUUGCUUCAAAAACUGGUUGGCUCUCAAUGGAGCGCAGACCCUCAUGUCUUGAGAACGACAGCUUUAUCACUAUGUUACUCGACGGGUGAAUAUGCUUGUGCUGCAUGGUGA